GUGCACAGAUAAUCAUAUUCCGUAUCCGUAUGUAUUGCUCAGGCAAUUGAUUUACUACACUCAGAUGAUCAAUCUAGAAACUCCCUGCAUGACGACUAGCAGCUCCAGACCUGUCCUGGGCCUUGGUGGUAUUCCUGCUGGCCAUGUUUGUCCAUGUUAGUGGUCAGCCGGCACAGCCACUUCCCUCCAGCUGUCCAUGUUUCAGGUCAUCGCAGCUUGAAGCGCUCGCUGGCCGAUGAUAUGCUGCCUAGCUGCAUACGGGGCUUGUUGGCCUCAGCAGAGGCCAGCGCGAUACGGAAUUGUAUCAAACUCCAUUCUGUCCGUUAGUGCUGAGCUCUGGAUAGGCAACAGCUGUCUACAAAGGCUUCCUUUGCCCACGGAAAGUCCUUUUGACAACCGUGUGUACGUGUGUGACAACUCGACCCUUUUCACAAUGGAGUCCAUAUUGCGACACAGAGGCGGCAGUUCUCAUCCCAAACAAACGACGCCGGGAGAUGGCGCAAAUGGCAUGUUGUCUUUCAUGGCCUUGCCUACCGAGAUCCACCUCGCCAUCUCCCAGCAACUCAUCUACCCUGACGCUCUGUCGCUGAAGCAUGUCAACCGAUAUUUCUACAGCUUCGUGGACACUGGCACGGAACUCAAAGUCGAUUGGUUGAUUUCAAGGCGCAUGCUGCACCUAGAAUGUCCAAAAAAGAGAUGCGACAUGAGAAGUGACAUUCGGUUCUGCCGCGGGAGCGUGCCCCUCCUCAUGAAGCGACGGAGAGAGCACAUUGAGUGCGAGUCGCGCCCCGGCCUGGGAUGUCUCGUGUACGGUACCAAAAAAUGUACGAACAAGACAAAGAUGGCUUGGUGGCGCCGAGUGCUUGGUAGGAAGUUCACGGUCGAGCUAUGGUGGCUUGUCCUGGCAAUGGUCCCGGUUGUAUGUUGUUGGGUGUGGAUUUUAGAGUUCUUGAGAACUUAGCGAGCGUGCUUGGCUUACAGAUCAGUAUGUAUUGCAAAAUUAAUACUAAUAUAAUCCAGUGAAGAC